UUUCGUAAUUUUUCAUUUAAUUUCAUGUAUCUUAUUCAUUAAUUAUUAUUUAGCGGAUUGGCUAAUACAUAUUUACAUUACCAAAUUUUGUUGAUUAAGUCAAUUUUGUAACUACAAGCCAUGGAGAUAUGUCGAGCUUGUUUAUCAUCUAAACGAGGAAUGAUUCCAUUUGAUGAUACUUUAGUAACAAAUUAUAAUUUAUUAACCAAUUUAAAUGUGAAACUGUAUGAUUCAAUGCCACAAAAACUAUGCCCUAAAUGUGUAGUUGCAGUGAAAUCCUUUAUAGAAUUUAGAGAAAAUUGUGUGUCCUCAGAAACAAAACUACUGGAAGACAUUCAGUUGGUUAGAAAACCUAAAAAUGAAAAUCUUCAAACUGAUGCAGAACCAGAAAUAGAAAUCAGUUUGAAGCAAGAAGUAAAAUAUGAGAAUGAGAAUGACUAUGAAGAUGUGGAUUACAUUGAAGAAGAAUACCUUAACUAUGAAGAUUGUAAGCUGAGACUUCCUAUUAAAAUAGAAAAUGAAACCAAGCCAGUUCUAGAGCAAACAAAACCGAUAAUUGAAAAAAAGAAUUCUGUUAAAAUUGUCAAAACUAGGCCAAAAACCAAGGUUCAAAAGAUACAAAAAAGCAAAGUUAUAAAACCAAAGAGGAAUGCUCCUAAGACCAGAGAAAAAAUUAACAAAACUUGGCCAUGUGGUAUUUGCUCCAAAAAUUUCGAAGAUGAAAACAUGUUGAAGAGUCACUUAGAGACACACAUGACAGGUACAGAAUGCAAGAUUUGCUAUGAGAGGUUUAACGCAUGGCACAGUCUACUAGCACACAGGUUAGAUCACCUCCCGCAACAUGGACGAAAGUGUCACUUGUGCAACAAACGAUAUAGAGCAAGUAUGUACUUAGAAUACCAUUUCUUAAAGGAACACAACGAUGGAAAGAAAGUAGCGCUGAAAUGCAAAGCUUGCAAUAAAGAAUUUAAAAAUCCAAGACGAUUGAACAGCCAUUACAAUUAUGCCCAUAUUGAAAGUAAAUAUUUUUGCGACCAUUGUUCAAAAGGGUAUACAAGUAAAUCUGCAUUGAAAGGGCACAUUUUGGGGCGUCAUACGGACGCCAAACCUCACAUGUGUGACAUGUGUGGGUUCCGGUGUAAAUUGAAAAGUAACUUAAAUAUACAUAAAACAAGAAGGCAUUCUGAAAAUAAAGUUAUAACUUGUAAAGAAUGUGACAAGUUGUUCAAGACUCAAGAAUUGUAUGAGAGUCACAAAUGUAAAGUGAGACACGUCAUGUGUCCAGACUGCGGAAUAGUGUGUACUAAUAGAAAGCUGCGGUCGCACCGGCGCGUGCACGAAGCGGCGCGCCACGCGUGCCCGCGCUGCCCGGCGCGCUACAAGACCAAGGAGGCGCUGCGCGUGCACGUCGACCGGCACGACAACGUGCGCCGGCUCACGUGCAACCUCUGCCCCGCCAAGUUCUUCUCGCAAAGCGUGCUCAUCAAACACCGACGUAUGCACACAGGUGAAAGACCCAAUGUUUGCAAUGUAUGCGGCAAAGCUUUCAACGGGCGCCACAAUCUCAAGGUGCACCUGAAAGUUCACGGAAUCGACGCGGUUGUGAAAAGAGUUAAAAAUCCCGAAGAUGAUCUUACUAAUAUUUUUAAAUCGUCCAAUUCUAAGUUUUAAUGUAUUAUUCAAUUCAAAUAAAAAUAUAUGAAAAU